UUGGCAUUUGGGGUUGUUGAAACAGAAACAAAAGAAUCUUGGAAGUGGUUUAUACAGCUGUUAAUGGAAGAUAUUGGAAUAGAGAAGAGAUAUGUAUUCAUCUCAGACCAGCAAAAGGGUUUGGUGGCUGUUUUUGAGGAAAUGUUUGAAAGGAUUGAGCACAGACUUUGCUUGAGGCAUUUGUAUGCAAAUUUUAAGAAAAAGUUUGGUGGAGGAGCACUUAUAAGAGAUCUAAUGAUGGGAGCAGCCAAGGCCACAUACCAUCAAGCAUUCUUGCAGAAGAUGACUGCAUUAAAGGCUGUAGAUCCACAUGCUUGGGAAUGGCUAAUGGGAGUGACUACUAAAUCUUGGUGUAAGCAUGCUUUUGGCUAUUAUCCUAGCUGUGAUGUUUUAAUGAAUAACAUAUCUGAAUCCUUUAAUGCAACAAUCUUAUGUGCUAGGGAUAAACCAAUAUUGACAAUGUGUGAGUGGAUUAGGAAAUAUCUAAUGAAUAGGUGUAGCCAAUCUACUUUGAAACUUGAUAAGUGGCCACACAAAAUCAUGCCAAUCCCUAGGAGGAGACUAGAUGUUGAGGUAGCUAUGAGUGGUCAGUGGUUACCAACAUGGGCCAUGGGGGAAAAUUUUCAAGUCACACAUGCCUAUAACAGCCAAGAAUUUAUAGUUGACAUAGCUAAAAGAUCAUGCUCAUGUAAUUUUUGGCAGCUAGUUGGUAUACCCUGUAGGCAUGUUGUAGCUGCCCUAGGAUUUAGACAGCAAAAUCCAGAGUUGUUUGUUAAUGAAUGCUACAGUAGGGAGAAAUAUGCUUUGUGCUAUGGUUUUCCUAUUAGUCCUAUAAAUGGACAGGACAUGUGGCCUAAUGUUGAAAGUGAAUAUAUAUUGCCUCCUGACUUUAAAAAGGGUCCUGGUAGACCAAGGAAAUUGAGGAUUAGGGAAACUGGAGAGGAAGGUGCUAGGAGGAGGCUACCUGGUGUGUCUUACAGGUGCACUAGAUGUGACAAGAUUGGGCAUAAUAUCAAGUCAUGCAAGAGCAAGGUGCAAGAUCCAAGUGCCUUGAAAAGAAAGAAAAAAGGACAAUUGAGGGCUGCUAAUAAUGCAAGUGUUGACACAUGUGAAGCCAAUCCAACUGCUACAAAUGAGGUCAAAACAAAUGUGGUGAAAGAGGCCAAUCCAAAUGAGGUCAGAACAUGUGAAGCCAGUGCAAGUGAGGGCAAUCCAAGUCAAGGCAAGCCAAGAGCAGUGAAAACCAGUCAGGCCAAAACAACACCAGCUGAAGAAAGUGCCAAAAACAAGGGAAAAGCUCAAGUGAAACCAGUGAGAAAGAGGGUCAGUGAGAGAAUUAAGGAAAAUUGGUUUAAAAAACCAAAACCUUUCACAGGCCCUGGGUCUGCACCAGAACAACCAUUUUUGAUAACAGAGGAGGGUGAUGGCAAUGACUCACAAAGGAAGAAGAAGACUACUCCUAAGAAGACUAUGAAGAAGACCCCUAAAAAGAAGUCUAUCAAUGACUUGUAG